AGCCGUUUCGCCUGUGAAGGCUUCUUCCGGGGAUGCCGUAUUGUCCAAAUCCACAACAUUAUAUCGUGCCUUAGUUUGUUGGAAAACACAUGAGGGCAGAAGAAUCCUUAUGGAGUUGAUGGACGAACAAUAAACGGGCCCGGCAACGGAAGGAGAUAAAGGCAGCAAUGUCCUGAUUUGGCCUAAAAAACAAUACGAGAAAGAAGUGUUUAGACAACUCAAGGACGCCAUGUGCUACAAACGUCUCACAAUCCAGAAGACCAGUAUAAGAAAGAAUUGCUAUUAAUUGUUCAGCGAGCUCAGGAGAAGGGGGAUUAUAACUGGAAAAGAAGCAGAUUGUUUAAUACCCGAACAUCCUAAGGUCGCCACCCUGUAUAUGCUCCCGACGAUUCUUAAGCAUGCCACCUGUCCCCCGGGAUGUCCAAUCGUCUCCGGGGUCGGGAGUCUGUGUGAACCAGCAUGUAAAUUUAUUGAUUUUGUCCUUAAACCACUAGUGGAACAACUGCCAUCAUUCCUGAAGGACACGACUGAUCUACUACGUAGAUAAAAUGGCCUUCAGUUGGAAGCGGACAUGUGGAUCGCCUGCUGCCAUUUGGAAUCGCUGUAUACCAGCAUUCGCCAUAAAGAUGGUUUAGAGGCAGUGCCUUUCUUCCUCACGAUGUCGGACGUUGAUGAAUCCAGGGGUGAGUAUAUUUCUAGAAUUAUUGUCUUUCGUUCUUUCCCAUAAUUAUUUUACGUUCUGGGACGCCUUUUACCUGCAGCUCCAGGCUACAGCGAUGGGGGCGGUGUGUGCGCCGUCCUUCGCCAACCUGUUCCUGGGGCUGUGGGAGAGGGAGGUGUUCCUUUCAGAUACCAUUUUGGGUGUGGGCGGUGUCCAGCUGUGUGCCCGCUACAUAGAUGAUAUUUUCAUCGUGUGGCAGGGCCCGCGGGCUGGACUCGCCCAACUCAUGGGGGUUUUGAACGAUAAUGCUCUGAAUAUUAAACUAAGCCACAGGAUUGAGAAGACGUGCCUGGAUUUUCUGGAUGUAAAGAUCUCCGUAGAUGACGGUGGUAGAACACACACUGACCUCUUCAGAAAGGAGACCUCUACAAAUGCGGUGUUGCAUGCGAAUUCCAGUCAUCUGAAGAAUCUAGUGCACAGCAUACCGUAUGGUCAAUUUCUGCGAGCCAGACGUAUUUGCUCUACAGAUGAGUCCUUUGAAUCCCAGUCGGACGAUUUACGUGAAAUAUUUCAAGCACGUGGCUAUACAGUGAGGAGCAUAAAUGAAGGAUACAAUAAGGCUAAACACAAGAAGAGAGAUGAUCUUCUCCUGGCCUAUAGGAAACAGAGGGACAAUCGAGACGAACAGGUACGUUUUAUCUCCAGCUACAAUUUAGAAUGGAGACAGAUGAGACAGGCCUUGACAAAAUAUUGGGAAAUUCUGAGAUUAGACCCCCACUUUGAACAGGGUUCUGUCUGCGACUCCAUCGAUAACAUAUAGACGGUCAAAGAAUCUUAAAGACAUUCUGGUAAGGAGUCACCACUCGGCAGAUCACCCAUCGAAAGUGUUCAACUCCAGGGGCUCCAAAUGGGGGUGUUUCCCCUGUGGGAAACGUGUGGCCUGUAUUAAUGUGGAUAGGACCACACACUUCUCAGAUCUGACGGGUCAUGGUACAGAAUAUAUGAUCACCCAUAGCAUUACAUGCAGCACAAUCGGUGUGAUCUACCUUGCGUCAUGCCCCUGUAAAUUAAUUUAUGUAGGCAUGACCUCGAGAGAACUAAAGAAGCGCAUAUGUGAACAUGUAUUGGGGAUAAUGGCCGCCAAGGAGGAGAAUGACGUAUCUCAACUAAAACCAAUUCCAAGGCACUUCAAAGAAUUUCAUGAUUGUAAUAGCUCUGCUUUUUGGGUCCGAGGGAUUGACCGGGUGUACAUGUCAUCACGUGGCGG